CCCUCAAAGUCAAAACGAGAACACUCAACAAAGGCUAAUUCCCAAUUCACUUUCGGGAAACAGAGGUCUUCCUCCCCUCGCAGUGCUUUCCCCCAAAAUACUCCCGCCUCGUCCCUUUUCAUCUCCGUCCACUCGUCGGGAGUCAAAACUCAACUCUUCGGCCAACCGCCCUCUCAUCUUCGUGACUACGUUCGUGCUCCUCCGGCGAUCAUAGUCACCUUUUUCGUUGCCGUCGCCGUCGGGAUUCAAGACUCAGCUUCAUCGAAUCAUCGUGCCUUCGCCCAAUCGCCAUCUCAUCUCCCUACCAUGAAGAGAAAACAAAAGAAGCUGGAUGCAUUUUUUCCAAGAAAUGUUUUGCCAUGCACUGGUAAUCAUUUCGAAGAGGAAGUACAAGUAGUUCCUAGAGCUUUGAACUUGGGCAUUGAUGAGCGCUCUAAUGUUGUGGUGAAUGAGGAUUCUCUCAUUAGUCCGAGAGUGACUAAUCCAUCAUUCGCCUUAAUCGAACGAGAUCCUGGACUGUUGAUUAAGAAGCAAACUUCCGAGGAAGUAAAGAAGAAUAGGAUUCGAGUGAAAGCCUCAAUUGAUAGUGCUCGUUGGCUAGCACUUCAAGGAGCCGCCUUUAGAGCUCAUGAUGAGACCCUUCAUUCUAAGAAUCGUGGCAACUUCAUUGAGCUUAUUGAUCGCUUCUCUUACUACAAUGAUGAAGUCAAAAGUACUGUGUUGGGUAAUGCUCCGAAGAAUGCGAAGUAUACAUCAUCCGAUAUUCAGAAGCAAAUUCUUCAUGUUCAGCUAAGAAGGCAGGGUUAUGAUGGUGCUAGUAAUAUGCGCGGUGAAUGGAAUGGUUUGAAAGCAUUGUUUCUGAAAGAUCAUCCUCAAGAUUAUUAUGUGCAUUGUAUGGCUCAUCGUCUUCAAUUAGCACUAGUUGCAGCAUCUAAAGAUGUGACAGCCGUGCACGAGUUUUUCAUUGACUUGGCACAUAUUGUAAAUGUUGUUAAUGCUUCUUCUAAGAGGCAUGAUCAAUUGGAAGUUGUUGAAGCAGCUAUGAUUGCUCAAUUAGUAGCAGGGGAAGAGAUUGCCACAGGAACCAGUGUUAAUCAAAUGAGUACUUUACAAGGAGCUGGUGAUACUCGUUGGAGUUCACAUCUGAAUUCUAUAUCCAGUGUUAUUCGAUUGUAUGAAUCAUCUUACAAAGUUCUGGAAGACAUAAAGAAAGAUGGGUAUACGGCCAAAAACAAAGGGGAUGCUCGUGUAGCUUUGAGGAAGAUGUCAUCAUAUGAGUUUAUUUUCAUUCUACUUCUACUGAAUGAUAUCUUUGGCACCACUGAUACACUUUGUCGUGCUCUGCAACAUAAGUCUCAAGACAUUGUGAAUGCCAUGAGUUUGGUGGAAAUUACUAAAAUGGUGUUGAAGGAAAUGAGGGAUGAAGGUUGGGAUUCUUUCUUGACAAAGGUCAACAAGUUCUGCAAGGAUUAUAGUAUUACAGUUCCAGAUUUUAGUGCUUCACAUUUUGAAGGUCGUCCUUGCAGACAGGUAGAUACUAUCACCAAUGAGCAUCAUUAUCAUUUUGAUAUAUUCAAUGCUGCCCUUGAUGUUCAGAUAGAGGAAUUGAGAGCAAGGUUUGAGGAAAAGAUUGUUGAACUUCUGAAAUUGAGCUCGAGUUUGGAUCCUAGCAAUGGAUAUAAAGCCUUCGAUGUUAAUGCUAUUUGCAGUCUUGCUGGAAAGUCCUUUGGAUUUUUCUGA